CCUUCUCUCAACGAAAUUACCUGCAGCGACGCGCACACUCUCCAUCGAUCUCAAUCCCCUCUCCGCUUUCUCUCUCUCUCUCUCUCGAUCGCAGAUCCAAUCUCCGCUUUCUCUCUCCUCUCCUCGGGCAAUCUCCGGCGCCUCCUUCCGGGCCGGCGAAACCCUAAUCCUUCCAAAAUUCGGAUAAAAUCUCUAGGCUCGCUGAUGGCGACCGAGGAGCCGUUGCCGGCGGUGGAGCCGGCGCCCGACGCGGCGGUCCCGGAGGCGGCGGACGAGAACCCGGCGCCGAAGGCCGGGAAGUCGAAGAAGGCCAAGGAGCCCAAGGCCAAGAAGCCCGCCGCCGCCAAGAAGCCGCGCAAUCCCCCCUCCCAUCCCCCGUACGAAGAGAUGAUCAAGGACGCGAUCGCGACGUUGAAGGAGAAGUCCGGCUCGAGCCAGUACGCCAUCGCCAAGUUUAACGAGGAGAAGCACAAGCAGCUGCCGCCUAACUUUAGGAAGCUGUUGCUCUUCCAUUUGAAGAAGCUCGUCGGCUCCGGCAAGAUCACCAAGGUCAAGGGCUCGUUCAAGCUCCCUCCAGGGAAAUCGUCGGCGGCGGCGGCGGCGGCGGUGGCCGCUCCCAAGCCUGCUGCCGUGGCUAAGAAGCCAGCGAAGUCGAAGGCUGCUGCGAAACCGAAGGCGAAGGCGAAGGCCCCUGCUAAGCCCAAGGAGACGAAGUCGGCCAAGCCUGCUGCGAAGGCCACGGCGAAGCCUAAGGCAGCUGCAAAGCCGAAGCCCAAGGCCCCCGCGGCUAAGCCCAAGGCUUCCGCCGCAGCUGCCAAGUCGAAGGCGGCUAAGCCAAAGCCUAAGCCUGCGGCUGCUGCCAAGCCGAAGCCAUCUGCCCCGAAGGCCAAGGCUCCGGCCAAGCCGAAACCCAAGGAGAAGCCGGCGAAGGCUUCGAGGACCUCCGCGAGGACCUCGCCGGGGAAGAAGGUGGCGCCUCCUAAGAAGGCCCCGGCGGCAAAGAAGACGUCGGCCAAGACCGUCAAGCCGAAGAGCGUCAAGUCGCCCACGAGGAAGCCGUCGGCACGGAAGGCGAAGAAGUGAUGGAGAGGAGCGCCAUAGGGAGUGAGAUAGAAUGCUUGUCUAGGGGUAGUUCCGGUAAAUUCGAUAGAACUCGUUGGUUGGUAUUGUAUUGUGAGGCCUCUUGGGGAAAUACAUAGCAUCGGAAUUUUCUUUUCUUUUCUCUUCUUCUCAGUUUCUUGCCUUUGUUCCCUGUAAGUUUUUAAUGGUUCUUGGGAGUAGUAGAGCACUUUCUUAGAUUUGUACUUUGGUUGCUUGAAUAGAUCACGAGGUGAUGAUGAUAUUCCGUCGAA